CCACAAUCAAUCAACGCCUGAAAGCUGAAAACUCAACUCCCCUCCUCCCCAGGCACCUCUUUCAUUUCUUGAUUCCACAAUACCACCACCAAAAAAGGCUAAUCAGACUCCUUAUCCUGUUUUCCAUCUUCCCCUCUCCAUGGAUCCCAAUUUUAAAAGGCAUCCUAAACAUACCACCACCUCCUCCUCCUCCUCCUGCUCCUCCUCCUCCGCCACCAAACCCAGCCGCCCAACCACCAAAGCCCCAGAUCCCACUUUACCCUCUUCCAAGUCCUUGUUUAUGAGCGGUCAUUUCUCUAGGUUGAACCCAAAUCACAAAACCCGUAAGCCCCAAAAUCACACCAACCAACAUAACCAUCCUCCACCUAGCAAAGACAUCUAUUUACAAGCCAAAGCCAUGACAGUUUCGGCUGAUGCGGUUUCAUCUGUGUUUUCACUCAUCAAUCCUAAGAACCCUCGCUACAAAACUGAAAAGGAAGCACUCAAGGAGAGUCUUAGGAAAUCAGAUGCAGAUUGGGAUAGGAAGAAAUCUCAGCAAGAGCUAGCGACUUCAAAGAAGAAAGCACAGAAAGAUGGAGUAUUUGAUGCCAAGAAAGUAGAUUUAGCGGUGAAAAGUAAACAAGUGGAGGGUCAACAAGAAGGGCAUGAUGUGAAGAGGAAUUCAGUUGCAUUAAGGAGAAGAUCCGUCGGCGGCUUACAAGUAGAGUUAGCAGAUGUGAUUGCAAAUUGUGGUGUUAAAAUUGUUUCAGUUGAUAUGCCACCGUAUAUGCAGAUUCAUGCUGUUGAUUGUGCAAGAAAGACCCAUGAUAGCCUUGAAAAGUUCACUUCCAAGACCCUGGCACUCACUCUUAAGAAGGAGUUUGAUGGUGUUUACGGACCAGCAUGGCACUGCAUUGUGGGGACAAGUUUUGGGUCUUUUGUGACACACUCGGUGGGUGGGUUUCUCUAUUUCUCAAUGGAUCACAAGUUGUAUAUCCUCUUGUUUAAGACCACUGUACAAAGAGCAGAGUGAAGUGGAGAUAAAACACUUGGAAAGUACUUAAAAGCAUUACUAGAAAAGUUGAAAUCUUUGGGACAAGCUAAAAACUAAAGCAGAGCUGUCCUGUUUAUUUGUAGCUUGUACAUUGCUUUUGCUAAGACCUAAGAGUAGCAUAUGGACACACAGUUUUUCUCUCCUUUUCUUCGGUUCCACACAGAAGAAUCCACCCCCUUUUUUAACUGGCUCUAAUACUUAUAUAAAAUUGCUGGGAUUUA